AUGCUCCUCACGUCAUGCCUCGCAGCCCUCUCUUUCGCCCGCACUGCCAGUGCCAUGCCAGGGGGCUAUGAUGUCACCCUCGACCCCUCCCAAGUCCCAGCGCUGCAGGACUGCAUGGCGUCAUGGGGCGUGACAAUGCCAUGGGGUCUAGACGACCAGUGUCCGGUAGCAAUCGUCGACCCAAUCAACGACGAGUGGUGGCCCAAGCCCAGAGGCAUUAUGUGUGAUGUCAAUGGCAUGGUCUCCGUAAUGAGCAUGCCAAACGAGAAACUCAACGGGUCCCUACCUGCAUCGCUAGGCUCCCUCGUUCAGUUGCAGUACCUGCAGUUGAAUGGCAACUUAUUCACGGGAUCCAUUCCAAGCACCUUUGGGCAGUUCGGGAAUCUUCUCUACAUGUUACUCCAAGACAACAAGCUCACAUCCAUCCCUGACUCUCUAGGCGAUCUCGCCAACCUGAUGAUUCUGAAUUUGGCGGGAAACGAAAUCGCCGGCACUGUGUCAGAAUCACUUAGGAAUCUGGCGAUGCUAAAAGAACUGUCCCUGAGCUCAAACCAGCUCUAUGGAACUCUCCCUGCGAGCCUCUCAACAAUGGUCAGGCUCACCUUGCUCGACGUCUCGAGCAACUAUCUCACAGGGCCCAUUGUAGAUCGCACAAACUUCGACCCUGCCGCGAUGUUCGACUACUCAAACAACUACAUGACAGGAGAUCUACAGCAAGCCGAGUGCGGUUCACAAAACUUGCAACUCGGCGCCAACUGCUUCUCCCCUGCAACACUCCCAUGUGCCACACAGCGGCCAGAUGCAGUGUGCGAGGCGUUCUGCGGGCUGGAUAAGAGCAACCCCACCACGUCGAUCUGUUCCGACCUGGGGCUCUGCUAUGUGGAAGGGCCCAGUCAGGCUCCCUUGUGCCUGUGCCAGAAUGGAGCUGUGCUAGAUGGGAGGAUCUUCUGUGCCCCUCCGGGGUCGGUGGGGAUACGGGAGAUGGUGCCGCCAACCAUUUUCACCGAGGGCACUGUAGAAGCGACAACAGGGGUGUUCUCUGCGCACCCUAUCGCCGUCGUCACGUAUCAAACAGUUCCCGACGGCUGUGGCAUAGACCUGCCAAUCCGAGCCGAGUUCACAUUCUUCAUGUUCCCCUCCACUGGCCGCGCGUCUAAGGCAGGUCAGGGGCUGGCGUUUGUGAUUUCGGCGACGAAUGCGGCGGGGACUGGCGGGGAGGGGGGAGGGGUGGGGUACGCUGGCAUGGACGGUCGGAGCAUAGCCGUGGAGUUUGACACGUUCACAGAUGCAGCGCAUGGGGACAUGCCCGGGCACCACGUGGGUCUCAACACUGGCGGCAGCGCCACUUCCAUCAAGGCCGUGCGCUCGCCCUUCACACUCAACAACCAGAAGACCUACACUGCAUGGAUUGACUACAAGCCCGGUGACCCAGGAGGUCCGGGAACGCUGAGUGUGUAUCUGGCUGCGAGUGGGGACAAGCCGGACACGCCUCUGCUGGAGAGCCCUCUGUCCCUGUGUGACGUGCUGCAGCCUACGGAAUUGGACAGAUGGUUCUAUUUUGGGUUUGUGGCGUCCUCUGUGGCUCCUUACCAGCAGCAGCACGCCAUUCUCGUUUCAUACAUUGAAACAGGGUUGACCGUGCCCUCACCAUCCAAGCCACCAUCAUUCACUGUCUCUCCAGCCUAUGGGCUCUCUGUGUCCCAAACAACGUUUCGGCCGGCGAGUGCGAGUCCGUUCACGCGCUAUGUGAGUGCGGCAUACGCUCUCUCGGGGCAGGAGGACGCCUGGCUCCUCCGCGACCCCUCCUCCUGGGAUGUGCCGUGGCUCUCCUGGACUGUCAAGGACCAGGACGAUUGUAAUGCGUGCUGGGCGUAUGCAGUGGUGGCGAGCGUAGAAGCAGCAUACGGCAUCGCAACGAAUAAAGCAGCGCCACAACUAUCAGUGGACUCGCUCUUUGCAGCCAUGGGGCUCACCACUCAAGCCAAGAAGUGCACCAAAGGCGGCUCCCCAACAGAGGCCUUUGAGAAGCUGCUGGCUCUAAAAAAGAAGGGCCUCACUCUAGCUACCAACAACAUUACUACUACCAACAACAUUGCUAGUGUCGUGCCCACAAGCAAACGAGCUGCUGUAAAGUACUAUCCCGUUCAGGGCUUUGAGCGCACGCGGUUCAAGGGGUAUGUGGGGCUCAUGCUGGCAGUGCAGCGGCAACCAGUGGUGGUUCACAUCCAGGCAUCUGCUCCCACGUUCGCCGCUUAUGACGGGACAUACAAGUACCGGGACCCGGGUUGCUACACAGGCGAGCUGAACCACGUGGUGCUUGUUGUUGGCUACUCCGUUGCCGUGGGAGACAGCACGCAGAAGCGCAUUCCACCUCCGUUCUGGAUCAUCCGCAACUCGUGGGGCGCGGACUGGGGCUAUAAUGGCCACAUGCGCAUGGACAUUCAGCAAGGGGAUGGCGUGUGUGGCAUCAACGUGCUGCCUGGCAUCUACCCAAUCGUCAAGAUUCCCGGGGAUCCUUGUGGCACAAGCAGUUUCAAGGCAGAUCGAGAGUUCGAGCCCACAUUCAACCCGUGCGGUCGCUUCAAGUGCACCGCCCUCGCUAAGAACAAGGGCAACUCCUGCAAGUGCAGUAUCCCAUCGGCUAUCUCACAGCCGUUUGUGGAGGUUGCAAAUGGAGUGGGCGCCACGACAUGCGUUUAUGCCGACGUGUGCGGGUCGCAAUUGAAGAACCCCUGUGCCGUGGGCACAUGCAUCAACGAUGGCAAGGGCUCCUACUCCUGCAUCUGCCCUCCCAACUACAUCCCCAGCCGAACGGUUGAUGGCUUCCCCACCUGCGACCCAGCCGGCAGCUUAGCCACCACCUUGGCAGUGAGUGGCAGCAACUGGGGCUGCGCUGACGUUUAUCCCCUCAUGGGCCUCACUCUGGAGCAGUUCACGCAGAAAAACAAGGGUCUGGACUGCUCGAAGCCGCUGAAGUUGAAUUCGGUGCUCCAGCUUGCUGGUUCUCCUGCCAUCCCCUGCACUGCCUUCUUCUACGUGCUUGCUGGCGACACGUGUGAUUCCAUCGCCUCCUACCUCAACCGAUCCCCGUUGGACCUCCUCAACCUCAACCCCGGGCUGAGCUGCGAGCAGGGCAUCAAGGCGGGCCGCUCCGUGUGCGUUGAGCGCAACCCCUCAUUCGCCUUCACCGUCCCACAGUGUCUCAAAUACACGACGCUCACAGCAGAGGAAUCAUGCGAGGUCCUUCUGGAUAGGGCAGGCGGAUAUAGGGGCGUGGGGGCAUCUGCUUGGGAUGAGCUCUACCGCAACAACCCCGGCCUUGUCUGCUCCGGCGCCCUCCCUCCCUCUGCCUCUGCUGCUGGCAGCAAGGCUGGUUUGCAGGUGUGUCUCAAGGCGGAGUACUGGCCAUUUACACUUGGAAGGUGCAUCAAGGGCCGGGCCAAGUCGGUGUCUCCAUCGCUGUCAUGUUCAGGCGCUUAUACUUUCUAUGCAGUCCCCGCGAGCGCUGCAGCUGCCAAAUUCUCAGAGUACAACGGGAAGGCGUGUGCGAGCAACAAGGAGUGGGGCGUGACGAUGGAGGGGUGGGCGGAAGGAGGCGAGUGCACGGAGGAGCAGGCGUACAUAGACCAGAACUUUGGCGGCUUUCCAAUGCCCAACUGGGAUAAGCCCAGUGGCAUCUUGUGUGACGGGGACGGCAUGGUUACCAUCAUGCACAUGACGGGAGAGGGGCUCCGGGGAUCCAUACCCGCCUCCAUUGGCUCCCUCAUCAGUCUCUCCUACCUAGGAGACUACUACACCCUGGAACUGGAUAGAAAUUGGCUCAGAGGAACCAUUCCCGCGACUCUCGCACAGCUCACCAGUCUCUAUGUUCUGACACUCGAGGGCAACUUGCUUACUGGCCUUCCGAACAACCUUGGCAGCGGUCUCGAUCGUUUGAGCCUCAUGAAUCUGCGGAGCAACUCGCUCACUGGCAGCAUUCCUGACUCGGUCAGCAACAUGGCAGUACUGUCUAAUCUAGACAUGUCAUACAACAGGCUCUCUGGCCCCGUGGAACAGGUGUUCUCUGUUCCCCUUCUCCAGCAACUGGACCUCUCUCGCAACAAUCUGACAGGGCCCUUGCCCACAUCAAUCUCCGGCAUGGACGUUCUCACGUACUUAACACUGGCGUCGAAUCGUCUGACCGGCACCGUUCCGCUCUUUGAGUCCAUCAAUUACCUCGUAGCGCUGGACCUAUCCAACAACGAAAUAACCGGCCAGAUCCCAGCUUCGUUUGCAGGCGCCUUCAGUCUUCAGUCGAUAAGCCUCGCAAACAACAAGAUCACAGGCACCAUCCCUGCCACUUUGACCGAGCUCCAAGAUCUCACCCAGCUAGACGUCUCACACAACUACCUCACAGGGCCUAUUCUGGAUCCCGCCACCAUUUAUCCGGACGCCUUCUUUGACUACACCAGCAACUACCUCUCGGGAGACCUGCAAGAACCCGACUGCACGUCGCCUAAAAUGGAGCUCGGCGCAAAUUGCUUCUCCAUACCAGCAGCAGCAGCAGCCUCGGGCUCGUGCAAAGGCGUGGAGCAGCGGCCGGCAGCAGUGUGUGAGGCGUUCUGUGGGGUUGCCAACAGCACCACGCCUGCUUGUGCUGGCCUGGGAGUGUGCUACCCGGAGGGCCCGAAUCUCGUUCCCACGUGCCUCUGUAACGAUGGGUUUGUGCAAGACGGAGGGAUCUACUGCAUUGCUGAGGGCUCACUCCAAAACGGUGAUCUGGUGGGGCCAAUAACCGUCCUCACCAGGGGCACAGUGGCAGAGACAGCGGGCGUGUUCAGUGCCGACCCUCUCGUGCUCUUCACGUACGAUUCUGUCAAGGAGGGCUGCGGCACACAGCUGCAGUUCCAGGCUAACUUCACCUUCUUCAUGUUCCCCACUGCUGCUGCUGCUGCUUCUGCUAGCAACCCCGAUCGCCAGGGGGGAAACGGGCUGGCGUUUGUGAUUUCGGCAACAAAUGCGACGGGGACUGGAGGGGCAGGGGGAGGGGUGGGGUACGCUGGCAUGGACGCUCGGAGCAUAGCCGUGGAGUUUGACACGUUCACAGAUGCAGCGCAUGGGGACAUGCCCGGCCACCACGUGGGUCUCAACACCGGCGGCAGCGCCACUUCCAUCAAGGCCGUGGGCUCGCCCUUCACACUCAACGGUCGCAACGCCUACACAGCAUGGAUUGACUACAAACCGGGAAGCCCCGGAACCCUGAGGGUGUAUCUCGCACGGGAUGAUGUGAAGCCCGACGCGCCUCUGCUGGAGAGCCCUCUGUCGCUGUGUGAGGUGCUGCAGCCAACGGCCGCUCAAACGGCGUUCUACUUUGGGUUUGUGGCGUCCACAGUGGCUCCUUACCUGCAGCAGCACGCCAUCCUGGUGUCCCUUAUCAGAACAGGGUUUUCUGUCACUGCAAAAUCCACUAGAUUGUCCGUCGUUCCAGCCUUUGGGCUAACGGUGUCAGCAGCAACGUUCCGGCCUUUGCGGGCGAGUCCGUUCACGCGGUACGUGAGUGCGUCGUACACGCUCACGCAGUCGGGGCAGCAGGACGCCUGGCUCCUCCGCGACCCCUCCUCCUGGGAUGUGCCGUGGCUCAACUGGCCCGUCAAGGACCAGGACGAUUGCAAUGCAUGCUGGGCGUAUGCAGUGGUGGCGAGCGUAGAAGCAGCAUACGGCAUCGCAACAAAGAAACCAGCGCCGCAGCUGUCAGUGGAGUCACUCUUUGCAGCCAUGGGGCUCACCUCUCAAGACAAGAAGUGCACUGCUGGGGGCUCCCCCACAGAUGCCUUUGAGAAGCUGCUCGCCCUGCCCAAAGGGGGACUCACUCUGGCUGUCAACAGCUCUGCCAGCGGAGUGCCUGCAAGCUCAAGCAAGCGAGUUGCUGUCAAGUACUUUCCAGUUCACGGCUUUGAGCGAACGUGGUUCAAGGGGUAUGUGGGGCUCAUGCUGGCAGUGCAGCGGCAGCCAGUGGUGGUUCACAUCGAAGCCUCUGCUCCCACGUUUGCUGCAUAUGAUGGGAUGUUCAAGUACCAAGACCCUGCCUGCUACACUGGCAGGCUGAACCACGUGGUCCUCGUUAUUGGCUACUCCGUGGCAGUUGGUGAAAAGGAGAAGCUGCGUGUUUCACCUCCGUUUUGGAUCAUCCGCAACUCGUGGGGAGUGGAGUGGGGAGAUAAAGGCCACAUGCGCAUGGACAUUCAGGGAGGGGAUGGCGUGUGUGGCAUCAACGUGCUGCCUGGCAUCUACCCCAUUGUCAAGAGUGAGGCAUCUACUUCUCUCUUUCCUCCUCCCUUCCCCUCCCUCUUCUCCACCGAGCCAGUCCCGGGUGACCCGUGUGUGCUCAAGGGCUUUAAACUGGACCGCGAGGACUAUCCCGCCAUGAACCCGUGCGGGCGCUUUGCAUGCCGCCCCAACGCGCGCGUCACUGCGUACACGUGCGACUGCAACCUGCCCCGCCCCGGCCCACAGCCCUUCGUGGAGGUUGCCAAUGCGGACGGCUCGCGCACCUGUGCCUAUGUGGACGUGUGUGGGUCCUAUACCAGCAACCCAUGUGCCGUGGGCACAUGCAUCAACGAUGGCAAGGGCUCCUACUCCUGCAUCUGCCCUCCCAACUAUGCCCCCACCACCACCAUUGACAACUUCCCCACCUGCGGCUCAGCCGACGUGACAGCAGCGACGGUGGCAGUGGGAGCGGACAACUGGCAGUGUGCGGACGUGCAUCCAGUCAUGGGGCUCACCCUCGCUGACGUUACCACUCUCAACAAGGGAAUUGACUGCAGCAAGCCUUUGAAGAGGGGCGCAACACUGAACAUCAAGCCCUCUACACCCGUUGUUCCCUGCACUGCCUUCUUCUUCACUGUGAACGGAGAUACAUGCGAAUCCAUAGCCACCCGCCUCCGAAUACCAGAUGACAGAAGUUUCGCCACCCUCAACCCCGGCGUUGACUGUUCCAAGAGCCUCUCUCCCGGCCGCUCUCUGUGCCUGGAGCGCAAUCCUGAGCUCGUGAGCACGACGCCUGUGUGCCUGCAGUACGCGAUGCUGACAGCGCAGGACACGUGUGAGCGGCUGCUGAAAGGGUUGGUUGUAUUGGUGAAUGCGGCUGCGUGGGCCGCUCUCUACCGCAACAACCCCGGCCUCGUCUGCUCCAACACCAUCCCUGCCUCUGCUUCGGCUGUUGGGAGCAACACUGGCGUGCAGGUGUGCAUCCGAGCGGAGUAUUGGAACUUUCAGCUGGGUGCUUGUGUGAAGGGAAAGCCGGACCCUACCCGAUUGGUUAUGGCGGACGUUUCGUCUGCGUCACCGCUAUCGACGCCGUUGGCCGGAUCCCAAGGUUCAACUACCGCCACUACCACCAGUGCUGUCACCAGCGGUACCGUUAAUCCCGACGCCGACGUCGCAGGGUCGUCUGCGAGUCGCAAUGGCGAUGCCGCGUCGCAGCCACCCAGCGUCGCACGGAAAGGCGUCGCGUCUGCGAAGGGUUCGUGCGUCGACGGUGGGAUGGCACCUGCACCGUCGGAUCUAGUAGACGACACCCCUGCACACGCGCCGGCCGGCGCUGACGGGGGAACGGGGGGGCAUACACACGGGGGGCAGGCGGAACCGGAAGGAAGCGGGGGCGAAGGAGCGGUUAGCGCAGUCGCUGCGGCGAGCGCAGAAACGUCUGAUAAUACAUCAUCGGAAGGUUGCGCCAUUGGCGGAACAGAAACAGUGCCGGCGGCGGUGGCGGUAACGGGGACCGCGGAGGGCGUAGCGGCAGGAGGGGGUCUGAGAGAAGGUGGGGGGAUGGAGGAAAGAGAGGAUAAAGCGGAGCAGGAGCAGGAGCAGGAGCAGGAGGUGGCGGAGGAGGAUGAGGAGGAGGUGAAGGAGGAGCAGGAGGAGGAGGACGUAGUGGCGAAAUUCAGUUCCGCUGCGGCGUUCGUAGAGGCGGGGUUGCAGGACGCUGCGGACGACUCGUGCAGCAUAUGCCUAGACGACUUCACGGCCGACGAGCCGUCCACCCCGACUACGUGCAACCACCACUACCACCUGCAGUGCAUCCUUGAAUGGGGAGGGCCUGGUGCAGUGGGAGGUGUCAAUUCCUCCUCCUCCACUUCCUCUGCUUCUAACCGCUUUUCUGCAACCCUCUCCUCUGCUCUCCCGCGCUCGCAAUCCGCCCAUCCAGGCACUGCCCCCCGCACGGUGUCCCCGCCUAGUCUCGCAGCGAGCCUGGCGCGCAGAGCAGCAGGGCAGGGGUCGGGAAGAGAAGGCGGAGGGCAGAGUGCACGGGGAGGCGGGGGAGGUGGGGGAGGUGGAGGAGGGGGGGGAGGCGGAGGGGGACGGGACGGUGGUUAUUCGUCUGGGUCAUUGUCAUCGUCAUCAGCAGCAGCGACGUCAGGGUCGGGUUCGUUUCUGUCGGGUCCUGCUUCCAGUGCCAUGUCCGCUUUUGCUAGCCUUGCCGCUGCGCUGGGCGGUGGUGGUGGUGGAGGGGGAGGAGGAGGCGGAGGGGGAGGUGGGGGUGGUGGAGGGGAUGGGUCUAGUGGCGGGGGAGGGGGAGGGGGUGGUGGUGUGGGUUCGUGGUUCUUUGGCUCGUUUUCUCAGUUGGGGAAUCGGUCGCAAGGGGGAGGAGGGGGAGGGGGAGGAGGGAGUGGGGGAGGUGGGUUCGGAGGAGGGGGGACAGGCGGAUUUGGGGGUGGCCGAUCAGCGAGUCAAGGCACGAGCACUCACGGCACGUCCCGUUCAACCUACUCUCCUCCAUAUACCUCCGCGCAGCGGUCUAGCCGACCGUCUCCCCGCACACUGGCCAGCACACCAUCAUCCCCACCACCACCCCAGUCCAUGACCAUCGUCCCCCGCCCUGGGGGGGGAAGCGCUGCGCUUUCGCCUUAUUCUGCAGGCGCGUCGCCGUAUCGAUCGGCUGCUUCCUUUUACGGGGCCACCGGAAACCCUUCCGCCAGUGCCGGUCCUUUAAUAGGCGCUGCGGGUGGCACGGGCGCAGGUUCCGCCUCUGUGUCCGCGUCUCCCAGUGUGGCGGAACGAAGAGCGGAGAUCGUCGCGCAUCAUCUCCGCGUGGCCGCGUCUCUGGCUUCCGCCGUUUCCGCCAUCGACGGCUCCGCGGGCUCCGCCGGUUCCGCUGAUCCUCCCCCGCUGGACUUAGAGAGCUCAACUGUUCGUGCGGAAGGGCAGCUUCCGCCAGGCGAGAUCGGGGGAGACUUGAGAGUGACAGUAACGAAUGAUACGGGAAUGAAUGGAGCAUUCAAGAGCGUGGCGGAAGCGGAAACGGCGGAAUUGACUGAUCGGGAUCGAUCGGCGGAAGGGGACGGUAGACCUGACGAGGUGGGAAGCAGUGAUUCGAAACGGACCGAGAUUAAGCGAAUCGAUAGCCGUCGCGGAAAUAGCGGCGGCGGCGGAAGUGGCAGCAUUAGCGGUGGACAGAGGAGAUCAGGCGGAAGCGGAGACGCGGAUGCGGGAGAGUCGGGGGAGGCUUCGAGGCGGAACGAAGGCGGACGCCCCCCGCGCAGCCCUGAAGACGGGAGCGGCAGUCGCGGAAGGAAGAAGGGCAGCGCCAAGCGGUACCCAGUGCGCCGGCAGCUGUUUUCCGCGGGAGGGCGACGCGCGGGCGCCGCCGCGGGGGGAAACGGGGCCGGGGAUGGUGCCGGCGGAGUGGGCGAGAGGAGGGGUGCGCGGGGAUCUUCCGCGGGGCAGGGGGAGGAGUGGCGGGCUCCGCAACCGUGGGGGCGCGCGGGGAGGGCAGUGCGGUCGGUGCUCCGCGCAUGGGGAUGGGACACGCUGUUCUGGCGGCAAGAGGAGCAGGGGCAGCUGCUGGGGGGAGGGCGGGCGAGCGGAGAAGCAGGGCGCGCGGGAGAUGGUGCGAGGGAGGAGGAAGAAGGCGGGGGAGGGGAGGGGGGAGGAGAGGGGGCGGGAGAGGGGGAGUGGGGGAGGCAGUAUCCGCAGGGCGCGCAAGGGGAUCCGCUGGAGAGUUUGGACUAUGAUGUGAUAGACAACUCGGUGUACCGGGAGGAGCAGGUGAGGAGGGAGGGGGUUACAGCCACUGAUUCAAUCUGGUAA